CUGUAUGUCUGCACUGUAUACUGCUUGGAAACUUCAUGCAUGCAUGAGAAAGCAUAAUUGUGGGUGCAUGAUUAUACCUCCUGAUCUAGUAUAUAAAGGAGUAUCUAUAAUCUAUAAUAUUAAUUGAACCUUGUGAUACAUUUUCAUCAUCUAAGCUAGGAUGGAGUCUAAGCAUUUUCUUUUUGCUGUUUGUACUCUGUUUAUGCUAUCAAAAUUUGCUCAAAGUCAACCCGGUCGUCAUUAUGUCACUUGUGCGCACCAACAAGAGAAGUGUGUCUGCAGGAGCAAUGCCACUGAGUGUUACUUUGAACUAGAUGUUGAAGAAUUGCAAACGUUCACCAGUUACAAGCUCGACACACAGGGAGAUAUUGUGACUCGGGGCACACCAGGAGACACCUACUACUGGGAAGGGAAUGAGCUCACUUCAUCGAUUAACUGCCCUACUGCUGAUGUCCCUGAAUGUGGAGACUGCUCGCAGAUAUCGUUUCAAUCCUUCUAUACCUAUACUUCUCAAACACUACCCAGCUGCAGCCUCCCAAUGACUGUGGAUGGCAGUACCUACCGUCUCUUCAUUGCUCUAAAUGGACGUAUCCCGGGACCAGACCUCGUAGUUACAGAAGGACAAAUUGUUGUUGUCAAGGUUACCAAUAAAUUGACAAGUGAAGGAAUUACAAUCCAUUGGCAUGGAAUGCAUCAAAGAAAAUCUCCCUGGAUGGAUGGUGUUGCCUUUGUUUCGCAGCCUCCCAUUGUUCCCGGUGCAGAGUUUACAUACAUAUUUGAGGCCACUCCAGCUGGGACACAUUGGUACCACUCACAUGCUGGUCCUCAGAGGACUGAUGGUUUGUUUGGAGCACUUAUUGUACAAGAGAGUGUCGGUAGAAGAGAGCGUGUUUCAGCCCUAUUAGGCAUGCCACUCCCUGAUUUGACAAACGAACACACUUUGACUUUUCUUGACUGGCAACGGGAAUCUUCUCUUAAUUUGUUUGUUCAACUCCAUUCCACUCUUGGAUUUUAUCCAAACAAACCAGUUGGUGAUAUUCCCAUACGCAGCAAUGAUUUGUAUAGCCGUACAAGAAGCUCUGAUGAUAUUGAAGUUGGCCCACAACCAUAUUGGUCUGGGUUGAUAAAUGGAAGAGGGAGACACCGCAAUGUAGACUCAAGUUUCGCACCUAGUAAACUUAGUAUUUUCAAUGUUGUCACUGAUCAACCAUAUCGUUUUCGAUUGAUUGGUGCACAAAGUUUGUUUGCAUACAGAUUUUCUAUCGAUGGACAUAAACUCGUUGUAAUAGCUUCAGAUGGACACUUUUUUCAGCCUGUAGAAGAUGUCGAUUAUGUCAUUGUGCAUACUGGAGAACGCUACGAUGUGAUCGUAACUGCUGAUCAACCUACAAAUAAUUACUGGAUUAGAGCAGAAACAUUGGAAACUGGUGUUGAAAAUGCCGCAGAAGCCAUUCUUCACUAUAAUGCAUCAGGUGUGGUUGAUGUUGAAGGUCUCUCCGAGUAUGGCAGUGUUUCAAGUCAACCACGAACAUGCACUGACAGCAAUAAAUGCAAAGUAGUUAACUGCCCAUUUAGGGAAGCUCCAGGCAUGAACUGUACCCAUCUCCAUGAACUAAUUGCUCUCUUUCCCUCUAAUGUCUCACAGAACAUUAAUGCUCAAUCGAGCAUGUUUUUCAAUUUCGGCUUUGAGGGAAAGAGAAGCACUAGUGCAAUUAAUGGUCGAAAUUUCAAACUUCCAGUAACUCCAUAUCAAACUUACAUGGGAGCUUAUGAUGUUGAUAAAAGGAACACACCCAGGCGUUGUAAAUGUGAUGGUUCUUUUAAUGAAUGUGAAUGCACUUACGUUAAGGAAAUUGGAAGCAAUUCGUUUGAUGCUACAAGCAUACCAGCCAUCGUAUUCAUUCUAAGCGCAGUGGGAACCGUUCCAAAUAGAAAUUUCUCACAUCCUGUUCAUCUUCAUGGCCAUUCAUUCAAUGUACUUAGUGUACAGCAUGGGAAUUACGGUGACGACGGUAUGCUUAAGGAUAACAACCCUGAUGUAGUCUGCUAUAACGUAUCGACGUGUCGUGACCUAAGAUGGAAUUCUUCGGCACCUAUUUUUAACAAUGCUAAUGUGAGAAUCCAAAAGGACACUGUGAUCGUCCCGGCUGGAGGUUAUGUUGUGAUUGCCUUCCAAGCCGACAAUCCCGGCUACUGGUUCAUGCACUGCCACAUUGAGUCUCAUCAGCUCGAGGGGAUGGGUGUCAUCAUUCGAGAGUACAAUGAGAGUGCACACGUUGAGGCACCGGAUGGUAUUAACAAGGUCGGGGAUUUUGUGUGGAGUGUUGAGGAUUAUAAACGAAUAAUUGCCAAUGGAGCGACAACAUUCUCCCCAGGGGGUGCUGUCAGCUUAUAUAUUGGAGCAACCAUUCUGGGUGUAGCCAUAGUACAGAUCUCACUAUAGAGAUAUUGUUAUAAUUAUAGGCCUUUAUUCUUUCGUUUGAUGAUACACUAGCUGUUAGAAGCUUCAGUACCCAUAAGUAUUAUACUUAUUGUGCAGGGUAGAUCUAGACCUAUAUAGAACACAAGAACGAACAAGCCUGCAUUGCAUUGUAGAUAUCUAUAAUUUUAUAAUUAAGAACUUUUGCUGCAUCAC